UCAGGCUCCGCCGCCGCCCGGAUCGCCCGGUCGUCACCAACCCUCGGCCCCACCCCGGGCUCCGGCCGGCCAGCCGGCGGGCACGCCCUCCUCCGCGGACAGGUCCAGUAACAUUAAUUGGAUGGUAGACAUCAUAAAUAUUACAGUAGGUGAGCCUCGGACGAGUCAGCCCUGCCUGUCACCAGCUCCAGCUGUGAUGCUCUAAGUCACAGUAAGUCUCAGCACUUGCUGUCCAUGGACCUGCUCUGACUCUCAGAGCCUGCUUAUGGGGGAAGGGGAGAGGGCUGUUCCUGUUUCCCUCGGUGCAGAGGCGGAAGCUGAGGCCAGAGGGCUUGCGUGACCUGCCGGGGGUCACAUAUGAGUCAGCAGCGGGGCCUGGGUGACACCAUCUGGGCCCCAUCUGUCCUUCCUCACGGCGCCCUCGGCACCUUGAGCCACUACCCCCAGCCGCAUUUUGGGAGAAAGAUGGAGUCGAAGGUCUCAGAAGGCGGCCUGAACGUGACCCUGACAAUCCGUCUGCUGAUGCAUGGGAAGGAAGUUGGAAGCAUCAUCGGGAAGAAAGGAGAGACAGUGAAAAAGAUGCGUGAAGAGAGCGGCGCGAGGAUCAACAUCUCUGAGGGAAACUGCCCGGAAAGAAUUGUGACCAUCACAGGCCCCACCGACGCCAUCUUCAAGGCCUUUGCCAUGAUUGCCUACAAGUUUGAGGAGGAUAUCAUUAACUCUAUGAGCAACAGCCCUGCCACCAGCAAGCCCCCGGUGACGCUGAGGCUGGUGGUCCCCGCCAGCCAGUGUGGGUCCCUGAUCGGCAAAGGCGGCUCCAAGAUCAAGGAGAUCAGGGAGUCCACAGGUGCCCAGGUCCAGGUGGCCGGGGACAUGCUGCCCAACUCCACGGAGCGGGCAGUGACCAUCUCGGGGACCCCCGACGCCAUCAUCCAGUGCGUCAAGCAGAUCUGUGUGGUCAUGCUGGAGUCCCCACCGAAAGGUGCCACCAUUCCCUACCGCCCAAAGCCCGCCUCCACCCCUGUCAUUUUUGCAGGUGGUCAGGUAAGAGCCGACCCGCUCGCGGCCUCCACUGCCAACCUCAGCCUUUUACUGCAGCCCCCGCCGCUGCCCGCCUACACGAUCCAGGGACAGUACGCCAUCCCCCACCCAGAUCAGUUGACCAAGCUCCACCAGCUGGCCAUGCAGCAAACCCCCUUUCCUCCCCUCGGACAGACCAACCCCGCUUUCCCCGGAGAAAAGCUGCCUUUACACUCCUCCGAAGAAGCUCAAAAUCUGAUGGGCCAGUCGUCAGGUCUGGACGUCAGCCCCCCGGCCAGUACUCAUGAGCUCACCAUUCCCAACGAUCUAAUAGGCUGCAUAAUUGGACGCCAAGGGACCAAAAUCAAUGAAAUUCGACAGAUGUCUGGAGCUCAGAUCAAAAUUGCCAAUGCCACAGAAGGGUCAUCGGAGCGCCAGAUCACCAUCACGGGGACCCCAGCCAACAUCAGCCUUGCCCAGUACCUCAUCAAUGCCAGGCUGACGUCUGAGGUCACUGGGAUGGGCGCACUCUAAUCCUGCCCUUCGGCCUCCGCUCCGUGAACCUGACCUCCACCCGGCUCGCACACUCUGUACAGACCGCCCACCUGCCCUGCGUCGCAAAUAUAAAUAGAGGUUUUCUUUACUAACGAAAGUUAUAUGCCGUAGACAUACACACCAACAGAGCAAAUCUAUAUUCUCUCUGUGUCAGCUCCAGGCUCUGUCCCCGAUACCUCUCUGGGAAUUAAUUUAUGCUCGUCUGUUCAUGCAUUGGCAUGCAGUGUUAAUUAUUUUAAAUGCUUUGGGGGCCUUCCCAUCUGUGACAUUUUAGAAAUACCGUCCCUUAGUGUCAGUGUACCUGUUAAAGAAUUGGUUUGACAUUCCGACAGCACUUCCCACAAGCCGUCUCUCCCAGGACCGUGUUUGCUUUGAGCAGGUUCGCUCCCGCCCAGCUGUCCCCCCACCCCGUGCUGACUCUGCUCCCCGAAGCCUGUGCUCGCUCCCAUGUGCCCACCGGGCCUGCGCUGGGGGCAGGGGCGCGCUCCCUCUGUUGCGGGGAAGGAGAACGGAGGACAGGGUCCUAACCCACUGUGCAGGUGAGGCCGUGGGUGCUGGAGUCUUGACCUCACUGAGUCGUCGCGUUACGUGCUGGGGACGCACACGUGGGCCCCCAGGCGUCUUCCGGGGUGGCUGGCCAGGAGGCGCCUCUGCACCAUGGCAGAGUUCAAUAAAUGUUGUGCGCUGCCCCCCA